UGUUUGCCCGAAAGCAAACAUCGAAGAAUGUUGUUUGCACUACCGACGUACGGCCGAUGUUAUGUCCAACUUCUGGUUCGUUCGUAAGCAUCCCAAGGAACGCAGGAUGCCCCCUUCUUCCCCAACGUGGAUGGUGGACAGUUCCGCCUGCUCUGGGGCGGGGCCUCGGAACGAGAGGCGGGGCCCCUCGCCCCCCAAGAUCGAGCUGACGGCCUGCAGCCCGACAACCGGGGCCCACGAGCUCCCCCAGCUGCCCCCCAGGACUCUGGAGUUGCCAACGGUGCCCCUGCCGACGGCGGACAGCCUGGACAAUAUCGCUUCGCAUAUACCCAGGGUCCGUGUCGAGUUUUAUGUAAAUGAAAACACACUGAAAGAACGGUUACAGUUAUUCUUUAUAAAAAACCAAAGAUCAAGUCUGAGAAUCCGUAUUUUCAAUCUGGUGAUCAAACUUGUAGCGUGCCUGCUUUACGUCUUACGAGUUAUGCUGGACAGAGGACCAUCUUACGCAGUGUGUUACGACUGCCCCCCAAGCAAUUCCACGCUUCCGAAGAUAUACGAUGAGGCGUCGGUGGACAGACCAUCGGAACACAUAAACUGGAAUGCAAUUCUUUGGGUAGACCGUCCGUUACCUUUAUGGGGAGUUCAGGUAUCACUUGCUGUAAUUAGCUUAUCAGAGGCCUUACUAAUAGCAUAUUUAGGAUAUAAGGGAAAUAUAUAUCAGCAGCUUUUAUCCUUUAGUGUGAUCCUGGAGUUGUUAAAUAAUGGUCCAUUUGUAAUUACACUCUGUUGGGCCCCCCUUAGAAACCUUUUCAUUCCCGGAUUUCUGAAUUGCUGGCUUGCAAAGCACGCAUUAGAAAACAUGUUUAAUGACCUGCACCGAGCGAUGCAGAGAUCGCAGUCCGCCCUUUCCCAAAGGUUAAUGGUACUUUCAGCAACACUUUUGUGCCUCAUCUUCACAAGUGUCUGUGGCUUCCAGCACUUCCAGCGUUCCGGCAACCACGAGGUGGACCUUUUCAAGAGUCUGUACUUCGUGGUGGUGACUUUUUCGACGGUCGGAUAUGGAGACUACCGGCCGGACGUCUGGCCCUCGCAACUCUUCAUGGUAGUCAUGAUCUGCGUCGCACUCAUCGUCCUGCCCACACAGUUUGAACAGUUAGCAUAUACGUGGAUGGAGCGGCAGAAGCUGGGUGGUACUUAUAGCAUGCAUAGAGCUCAAAGCGAGAAACAUGUGGUCGUUUGUAAUACGACGUUACGAGCAGAUACCAUAAUGGACUUUCUAAACGAGUUCUAUGCGCAUCCGCUACUACAAGAUUUUUACGUAGUUCUUUUAUCCCCCUGUGAGCUUGAUGCCACCAUGAAAAUGAUCCUACAAGUACCUAUGUGGGCUCAAAGAGUGAUCUACAUUCAAGGUUCUGCUCUCAAGGAUACUGAUCUCACCAGAGCAAGAAUGAAUGCGGCGGAAGCCUGCUUUAUACUAGCUGCUAGAAACUAUGUAGAUCGAAGCGCUGCCGAUGAACAUACUAUACUUAGAUCAUGGGCAGUUCGUGACUUUGCUCCCAACGUUCCUCAGUAUGUGCAAAUUUUCCGUCCCGAAAACAAAGUGCACGUCGCAUUUGCUGAGCACGUUGUUUGCGAAGACGAAUUCAAGUAUGCUUUGUUGGCUAACAACUGUCUCUGUCCUGGUACAUCUACAUUAGUCACCUUACUUCUUCAUACGUCUAGAGGACAAGAAGGCCAGACGUCCCCAGAGGAGUGGCAUCGCCUCUACGGGAAGUGCUCCGGAAAUGAAAUCUAUCACAUCCGAUUGGGGGACAGCCGAUUCUUCGGGGAGUAUGAGGGCAAGAGCUUCACCUACGCCUCGUUCCAUUCGCACCGCAAGUAUGGUGUGGCACUCGUGGGCGUGCAGACUGACCUGGGAGGCACGUGGCCCAUCAUGCUGAACCCAGGUCCCUCCUACCACAUGCAGUUCACGGACAUCUGCUUCUACAUGAACAUCACGAAAGAGGAAAAUAGCGCUUUCCUGCCGGCGGGUGGCGACGAGGAAGGGACUGGUAAAAGCCCUCAUGCAUCAGCAUUGCAACUUUAUUUCGGAGACGUCAAAGGAGGCAGGAGGAAAUCAGAUUAUAAAUCGUUCGAGAUGUCUCCCAUCCGCUCGAAAUUCAAAAUGGGCCUGAUGAAGAAAUUCGGAAAGCAUCUGGACUUGCCCAAGUCAGACGGGACUCCGGGAUCGGACAGCUUCAGCGCCUCCUUGGCUAGAGGACGGCGCCCCAGCAUUGCCCCUGUGCCUGCCAUGUUUGGUCAGGGCUCUUCAGACUCCGAAGAAGAAUCGGAAGAAGAGGAUGAAGGCAACGACCUGAAGGAGGACCCUGAGGAGAAAUACGAGGACAUCCCCUGGAUUACACCUGCGGAGAAUUGCGAAAUUGUCAAGGGGUUCCCUCCCGUUUCGCCUUACGUUGGUGUAAGCCCGACACUCUGCUACUUAUUGAAAGAAAAGAAAUCUUUAUGCUGCCUCGAAUUAGCUCAAAUCUGCUCCCACUGCGCGUUCCGCAAUGCCAAAGAGUACAACUGGCCAAGUCGCUGCAUCAUCCUGGCUGCCGAUUUCGCUUCCAACGGAAUAUACAACUUCAUCGUUCCUCUGCGGGCGCACUUCCAUCUCCCGCAGACGCUUAGGCCCAUCAUCCUGCUGCUCGAAAGGAGGCCACAUGAAGCCUUUCUGGAUGCAAUAUCGUGGUUUCCUUUGGUGUACUGGAUGCAGGGCUCAAUUGAUAAUCUGGACGAUCUCCUACGUUCCGGAAUCAACUUAGCCGAUAGCGUAGUGGUAGUGAACAAAGAGUCAACCAAUUCUGCGGAGGAAGAUUUUUUGGCAGAUUGCAACACAAUUGUGGCCGUCCAGACAAUGUUCAAGAUGUUUCCAAGCGUCAGGAUCAUCACCGAACUCAGCCAGUCUAGUAAUAUGAGGUUCAUGCAGUUCAGAGCAAAUGAUACAUAUGCCUUACAUUUGUCGAAAAUGGAAAAGAGUGAACGGGAGAGAGGCUCCCACAUUUCAUACAUGUUUCGACUGCCUUUCGCUGCUGGAAACGUAUUCAGUGCCAGCAUGUUGGAUACGUUGCUAUAUCAAGCUUUCGUGAAAGACUAUAUGAUCAUUUUUGUACGACUUUUGCUAGGAAUUGAUCAAGCUCCUGGUUCUGGCUUCCUUUCUUCUAUGAAAAUUACUAAAGAUGAUCUUUGGAUAAGAACGUAUGGCAGGUUAUAUCAGAAACUCUGUUCUUCCUCCUGUGAAAUUCCAAUUGGUAUCUACAGGACGCAGAUGGCAGGACAGUGUGAAACUUCAUCAGUCUCACUAGUUUUAGCGGACAGCGAACGAAAUCGUCAGUUUUCUGAUAUUGAAAGACAAGAAAUCAGCAAUUUAGUAAAAAACAGAAUGAUGGACUUAAGGCUACCAACAGAAGACUAUGAUGAUGUCUCAGAAAAGAGAAAUGGCCUUUCUUAUGUGAUGAUAAACCCUAGCUGUGACUUGAAACUGGAGCUAGGAGAUGUGAUAUUUCUUAUACGACCAAGUCCCAUAUCAAGCGCCAAAAUGUUCAUGAAGCAAGGCUCUGUACGCGGCAAACCGACCAAACAGAAACGAGAUCGAAGGAAAACUCAAACAUCAAGGGAGUCUUUGCAUGGAGAGUCUCUUCUGAACGAUCCAUCUAACCACGAGAACGGCACAAUACUCAUACCAAACAGGGGGUCCAUUGAUGUCGAGAUCACGCCACCAGCAGAUGGGGUCAGAGGCACAAUUGUGUGAUAGCUCAGAUCUACUACUCAUAUGCAAUGGAAAAGAAUAUUGUUAAUUCCUAUACAUUGUGAUUUGUAGUUGAACUUUUCUACACUAUUUUAAUUGCAUAUUAAUUUUAGGCAGCCUUUUGUCAUAGAAUAUAUUUGUGCACAUAUUUGAAAAAUGAAGAAACAAUUAUACAAGGUAUCUUCAAAGAAAAGGUGCAAAUAUUUUUACAGUUUUCAGUCACUUCCAGUAGUGAGUGUAUUUAUGAAUAAAAACAUCUUGUAAAUUAUAUCACAAAGCAAUCUUUUUUCUAUUUAUAUUGACUCAUAAAUAUUUAUGUAUCAUAGACUUUCAAAUACAAAUACUAUAGUGAUCUUUUGUGAA